AAGUCCCGUAUGACAGCCAGCACAAAGACACUUUGAGAUUCAGCCGAGUUUAGCGAGUUACUCAGUCAACGAAACAGGUUGCGUCGUUUUCACCUAUUCACUGAUAAAUUGUACCAGGAGAACUUUUGGUAUUUACAGUAGUGGUAACAUAUUAAGUAAUUGUAUCGUCCAAAGACCGAGAGUACACUUAGUGAAAGAGUAAAAAAUGGAUGUGGGAGAUUCCCAACGAGAGACUAUUUCUCUCCUUAUAAAAACGCCCAACCAGGCUCAGGAGGACCAAGCCGUCGAAGGGGUCUAUCUACACUGGACUGUAAAGGACCUAAAAACACAUUUGUCGACUGUUUACGCAACCGAACCGGCUGUGAGUGAGCAGAGACUCAUCUAUGCUGGUAAACUGCUACCUGAUCAUCUGCACAUUAAAGAUCUCUUCAGACAGACUGACUCCAUUCCCACACUGCACCUGGUGUGUGCUUUUAGGAAUCCACCCCAAGGACCCCUUGGAGCCAGACCUAAGACCAAACAGACAGAACAGCCAUGUCCCUCUAGUCCGAGGCCCAUGGCAGCCAGUUCCAGCAGCUCCUCCUCCACAGUCCAGACUCCAAGCACACCAGAGCUGAGGCAGAGGAGGCAGAACUCUUCAGCUUCAGCUGCUGCUGCUUCCGCUCAUGCACACUCCCCAGUGUCUCCAUCAGGAAUGCCUUCAUGGCCUACUGCUGCAGUGCCUGGAGCGCCACAGAUGACCCAACCAGCCUUUCCCACCUACUCCCUGUACAGCCCUCAACAGCUACUCUGGCUCCAACAUGUCUACGCAAGACAGUAUUACAUGCAAUAUCAUGCAGCAUUGGCCGCAGCAGGCACUUUCCCCUCUGCACCAGCUACAACCAUUGGCCAGUACCCUCCCGUUCCAGCCCACCAAGUACCUGUCCCAGCCCCCUUAGCCAAUCAGAACCCCAUCAACAACCUGCCAGCCAAUCAGAACCCAGUGCAAGAUGGCGCUUUCAUCAACCCCGGAGAGGCCAACCAGAACAUGCGGAUGAACGCACAGGGCGGGCCCGUGAUGGAGGACGAGGAGGAUAUGGAGCGUGAUUGGCUGGACUGGUUGUACUCCGCCGCAAGAUUUAGCGUUCUGCUCAUGAUUGUGUACUUCAACUCUAACCUGACCCGCUUCCUGCUGGUGAUGAGCACUCUCUUCAUCAUGUACCUACACACUGUUGGUUGGUUUCCCUUCAGAAGGCGAGUGCAGGUCCAAGGACCCAACCACCUGCAGCCCCCUGAGGUCCAGCAGAACGAGAACAGGAACCCAAAUCCAGUAGAUGAGCUUGCUGACAGACAGGGGGAGGAACCUGCUGACGAUGGAUCAAUGACAGCAGUUUUAGUGCCUCCUCACAGAGUGUCAGUCAUAUGGACAGCGUGGGUUUUCUUCAAAACUUUCUUCUCCUCCCUCAUACCUGAGGCUCCUCAGGGUGUGGCCAACUGACCACAGACGACUGAGAGAGACAGCAGACUUUAAGUUUUCAGUGAGGAACAAAGAUCACCUGAGAUGGAAAGAAAAGAAGGACGUCUGUCAGCUCAAUAAAUGAAAAUAAGGGCAUUGUACGUGUACAUAUCAACAAUGACUGAUACUUCCCUAUUAACAGUAGUUCGAAGAGCUCCUGUGUAAAAUAGUUUUUUCUUCUGAGUGUGAAACACAAAGUUAAAUACACCAGCAAAAUAAAGCAAUGCCAGACCCUUGAAUUUCCAAAAAUGUGGACUGAAAAGAAAGGACACGAAAGACUAAAAAACAUCAGACCACAAUAGUAACAAUAAUGCAUCGUUCAAUGGGAUCCCAGACCUUCAUCUGACCAAACAUCUGCUAUAUACUGAUUGUGGGUUUUUACCCCAACCUUAACUUUUUCACUGUGUGACAAGGCCCUCAAAGACGAGCAUUGCCACCUGGACGGUUCACUUAUCCAUGAACAACAGUAGGUGGCAGCUGAGGGUAAAAAUAAAUGUUUUAUCUGACACUGUUGGACUUUGUGCCAAAGUUAUUUACAGUGAUGGGAGUUAUGUACGUGGGCUUUCUAAUCCUCAAGGAUUCCAAAUCAGCUUAUCUGAGUUUUCAUAAUGAAUAUGAUCCAGAUCAAUACUCUCACACUUAUGAGGAUGAUUAUAUGAGACAUGUUUGAUGGGGAGUGAAAAUCCACACAGAAACAGAACUCAGUACUGUAUGUUAUCGCUCUCUUACAGAACAGGCCUAUUUUGGUCAGUCCAUGCAUGGACUCUGGAUUUGAGGACAGCUGUAAAAGUAGGGCAGAUGCUGUUUUUACUUGUUUUACAGCUUUGCUUUUGACUAUGAAAGCAUCUGAGCUAAAUUGAUUUUGACACCAAUCUAUCUGAACUUACAGUAUAGCCCCCUUUUACACUGCUUCUUCAAGGUGGAAAUUAUUAUGCCUUGCCUGGACAGCCGGCAGGAUGGGAUCAUGGGCGGCAUGGGCGUGAGACUUUGACGACGUGUUAUGCGUUGUCUCUCAAAAUAAGCACAAUACUCAACUAUAUACAAGUUUAAAAAAUCGGCUAAUUUUGGAUUAUUAAAGUCAAAAAUUAAGUUGCUCUGAUGUAUCAGUAAAAUUCAGACAAAAUACAAGAUGAGAUUCACAUUAUUUUGGCAUUUAUUUACUUCCAUACAGUCACUGUACUGAACAUUAACUGCCUUUAUGCUAGCAAAAACUGACAGUAACCACAGCUUCAGUUCACAAACAAAACUGGACAAGAAGAACAAAAUCCAAAUCAUGAACAAAAGUCAUGAUUAACAAAGUUCAAAAUAACAUAGUGCAGAUUUUUUCACCAGUUUGUUUUUUUGGGUGAUUUUCCUAUUAUUGAGCAUUGGAUUGUGGUGAUUGUGACCAGAUGCAAAUGAAACUUAAACUUUUCACCAAAUCACUGAGUACAUUUUCUGCAGCCUUAGUUGAGAGAAGAAAAAAAAAAAAAAAAAAAAAAAGAACAA